AUGCCUCAGACCAGUAAUGUCCGCCACCGGCCGCCUGACAUUCACUGUUUCCACCCGGAGCCAGCUCUCUGGCUGACCACGGUGUGUCGCAGAGGAAACUGUGUAGUGUGACUGGUUUGGCUGGCCCAAUGUUGUUUUUCUGCCUCCGUGGCUGUCCAGUGUCAAUAUCUAUGGCCUCUGUGGCACCAGAGGGUAUUGAGUCUGCAGCUCGCUCGGCUUAGCCUGUGAUGUACAGAGGGCGAACGAGUAGGAGGAUGAGAGAGAGAGAGAGAGAGAGCGCGAGAGGGGGACAGUGAGAAGAGAGGAUAAGUGGAAGAAAGCUUGGCGCAGUCCCCUCUCCAAGCUGUACCAUAACAUCUGACUGUCAUUAUCCUUUCAUUGGGAGCAACUUUGAAUGGCUACAGGGAGCUUCCGGACAGCCAGGGAGUGUUUCAGUUCCACAGCCACACAGCUCCUAUACAGUACAGUACUGCAGUCUCUCUGUCUCUAUGCAAGAGGCACUCCUCCAGUCUCCACUGCUGACCUCAUAGGAGGCAAACAAUGCAGCAGACCAGGUCACUUACAUGCCCUGCCCUACCUUUUGGCACCGCAGUAAAUGAUGCAUCAAUGGGGGCUAUUUAAAGCCUAUGGAGGAGUCAAAAGCGUCAAGCUUCAAUCGGUGCUAAUGUCCUGAAGUGGCUCUGAAUGUUUAAAGAUGUCCUUUUACCUGACUCUCUCCCUGUCCCUCUCUGCCCAGGUGAGAAGCUAAGGGUGCUCGGUUACAACCAGAAUGGGGAGUGGAGCGAGGUGCGCUCGAAGAACGGCCAGGGCUGGGUGCCAAGCAACUACAUUACGCCUGUCAACAGCCUGGAGAAGCACAGCUGGUACCACGGGCCUGUGUCGCGCAGUGCAGCAGAGUACCUGCUCAGCAGCCUCAUCAACGGCAGCUUCCUGGUCCGGGAGAGCGAGAGCAGCCCAGGACAGCUGUCCAUCUCCCUGCGCUACGAGGGACGCGUCUACCAUUACCGCAUCAACACUGCUUCAGAGGGCAAGGUAGCUAGGGGUCUGGGACCUACAGAUGGUCUGUCUCUCUUCUCUCUUUAACUUCUCUCUCUGUCCUCUCGUCUUCAAUCUCUUCACUUUUGUUGUGAAACUGCUUUGUCCCUGCUAAUGUCUCUGCUCUGUCUUUUUUGGCCGUCUCUGGUUCCUCCCCAUGGUGCUGCUGUCUCUGUCUGUCGUACACAUGAAUAACCAUAACCCUGUGUCUGUCCCAAGGUGUACGUCACGGCAGAGAGCCGCUUCAGCACCCUGGCCGAGUUGGUCCACCACCACUCCACCGUGGCCGACGGCCUGGUCACCACACUCCACUACCCGGCACCCAAGUGCAACAAGCCCACCGUCUAUGGUGUGUCACCCAUCCACGACAAGUGGGAGAUGGAGCGCACCGACAUCACCAUGAAGCACAAGCUGGGUGGGGGGCAGUACGGAGAGGUGUACGUGGGAGUCUGGAAGAAAUACAACCUCACCGUCGCAGUUAAAACACUGAAGGUUAGUCUGUUCUAUAGAUUGGUGGUGUGAUUUGGAUGUCGCCUGUAAGAUCUCUCCAUCUAGUGUCUCUAUUUUGUAAAAUCAUCUAUGGGAUCAUGUAAUAUGAAGGAGGUGUGGUAUUUAGUGGUGGUUGGUCACCACCUGCUGGUUGAAUGUUGUAUUACAUCAACAUGAAACUCGAUGGAGGCAACGACUACUGCCAGACUGGAGAUAUGUUCAAUCACAGUUUAACUUGUUUUGUUCACCUUGGUAUCCUGGUACGAAGAUAUUGAAUAAAUCCAGUGAAUAUUGACCUUUCUGCUUGUUUGACUUCCAGGAGGACACUAUGGAGGUGGAGGAGUUCCUGAAAGAGGCAGCAGUCAUGAAGGAGGUGAAACAUCCCAACCUGGUGCAGCUGCUAGGUCAGUGCUGCUCACAAUACAGCUCCACUUACUAACAGCACAUGGCAUUUCUACCGGCUGUUGGGUUUCCAGGCUCUGAGGCCUGAGUCUAACCUCUGUUGGCUUGCCUCUGUCCAGGUGUGUGUACGUUGGAGCCUCCCUUCUACAUCGUGACAGAGUACAUGCCCCACGGCAACCUGCUGGACUACCUGAGGGAGUGUGACCGGGAGGAGGUGAACGCUGUGGUACUGCUCUACAUGGCCACGCAGAUCUCCUCCGCCAUGGAGUACCUGGAGAAGAAGAACUUCAUCCACCGGGACCUGGCGGCCAGGAACUGUCUGGUGGGGGAGAACAGCGUGGUGAAGGUGGCUGACUUUGGGCUGAGCAGGCUGAUGACUGGGGACACGUACACAGCCCAUGCCGGAGCCAAGUUUCCCAUCAAGUGGACCGCCCCGGAAAGCCUGGCCUACAACACCUUCUCUAUCAAGUCUGAUGUGUGGGGUGAGUUAGAACCAGAUUUUCAAGCACUUCACAUGUACUAAAUCAGUCAACAUCAGUGUGAGCGUGUUUCUCAUCCUAUGACGGUCUCUCGUCCCUCAGCUUUCGGUGUGCUGCUGUGGGAGAUAGCGACGUACGGUAUGUCUCCGUACCCAGGUAUUGACCUGUCUCAGGUAUACGACCUGCUGGAGAAGGGCUACCGCAUGGAGCAGCCAGAGGGCUGUCCACCUAAGGUCCACGAGCUGAUGAGGGCCUGUGAGUAUGGGCACUGCACUCAGUCCACACACUGUACCACCAACACACAGUCCCUCACACUAUCAUCCAUUCACUUAUAGCUAUGUAACCUAAAUUGUCCAUGGAGUAAGAAAUAACAUGACCUUUAUUUUGGUUUGCUAUCAGGCUGGCAAUGGAGCCCGUUGGACCGACCCUCAUUUGCAGAGACCCACCAGGCCUUUGAGACAAUGUUCCACGAUUCUAGCAUCUCCGAAGGUACUUGUACGACAUACAGUCACAUUACUACCCUUAAGGCUUAAACAUGGUCGGAUACACUUCCCCCUCUUGGAGGCAUUUCGCUCUGCUGCCUGACUCCAUUCAUUCCUGUCAGUUUUGGCACUAAAGAGCACACAUUUGUGGAUAUUAGGGGGAAUGGCUCUUAAUGGUGCGUAAACAUCUCUGUAGGGCCUUUUCAUAGUGGUACAGCAUGCCUGGUGCCUCAGGGAGAGACGGAGGAUGAUAUUAGAGUGAGGAAAGGGCCCUGUGUAGCUCAGUUGGUAGAGCAUGGUGCUUGCAUCGCCAGGGUUGUGGGUUCGAUUCCCACGGGGGGCCAGUAUGAAAAAAAAAAAAUAUAUAUAUAUUCACUCACUCUGGAUAAGAGCAUCUGCUAAAUGACAAAAAAAUAAAUUAAAAAAAAUGUAGAAAGGGCAGGCUGAACUGAGGUGUGGGGAAUACAGGGAUACUGCAGGGCUUUCAGAUAAGCACUAUAAACUCUAAGCAUUGGUUUCUGCAUUUAUUCCAGUUAAUGAAGUACUACUAUUUCUAUGUGUAUAACGGUCUAAUGUAAAUGUCCACUUAAUUAAGCAUUCCUUUCCUCUCCCAUGGCUCCCUCUCUCUGCAGAGGUAGCAGAGGAGCUGUGUAAAACUGCCGCUUCUGGCCACGGCCCGUCACCGCACCCCUUCAGCCACGACAUGCCGCUGCUGCCCUCCAAGUCGCGCACACUCAAGAUGCACGCGGAGAACAAGGAGAACAUCGAGGGGGGUCUGGAUGGCAGACAGGAGCCCAGCACACACGGCCCCUCAGGUACCCGCCUUGCCCGCCGCCAUGCCCGCAGGCUGAGGAGAAUGGCUGCUGUGUACCUGGCAGACUGAACAUCACUGGAUCACCUUACCCAUCCCUUAAACGCACCACUAUCUUAUCUCAGUGUCCUUACACAAUCACAACACAGCUCCUUUAGCAUCAUAUAUAGAGCUUUCCUCAUAAUUUAUAAAGAGUUACUGUAAUGUCACUUAUCUAGCCUCAUUGAUAAUAUGCAGUGGAGACUGUUGCCAUAUCCAACCACAACACUUAAAGGUCCAAUGCAGCCGUCUUUAUCGCAAUAUCAAAUCAUUUCUGGGUAACAAGUAAGUACCUUACCUGAAAAAAUUUGUCAAAGGGAUACAAAAAUAGCUUCUUGGCAAAUAACUAUUUCUCAAGCAGCAAUUUUGCUAGGAUUGUCUGGGAGUGGUCUUAGUGGGGAGGGGAAAACUAGUUGUUAUUUUCAGAGAGGUUUGGAAGUCUCAUUGGUCUAUUAACCAGGCAGGCCAAAACUCCAUCCACUAAAACAGGCUGAGAUUUCAGGCAGUCUUUUCAAAGAGCUCUUACACUUAAAGGGCAUUAUCGUUUUCACAAUUUCACAGUAUUAUUCAAAACUCAUAGUGUGGAAAUAUAUAUAAAACACAGCUAAAUCAUGUUUUUGACUGCACUGGGCCUUUUAAAGCAUUGCAUUUGGCCAAAUACCAGAUGCAGGGUUUAGAUGAAAGGCAUUCUCACUCCUCUCCCAUAUAUAAUUCACCAUUGAGGAUCUGCAUGACUUUAUAAACCACAUAAUCUCCAUCAAAUCUUCUUUCCUGACAUGAUUAGACAAGGCUGGGUAAAUAGGCCUGUUUGUACUCAUCUGUAUUCAUGUCUGUGUUCAUGUUUGUCACUCAUCUUUCAUUUGUAUUAACAUAAUGAUUGAGGAUGUUGAAUUCUAAUCCUCUUGUCUCUCCUUGUUGCAUCCUACACACACAACUUACAUAUAACACAUACAACUCUAACAAACACGAAGAAUGACUGCAUAUGUACCAAUACCUGAAUUAAAAUUGGCUGACCCACAAGAGUAUUUUGUAUGGUUUUUGAAAUGUUGUCUUUCAUGUUUUAUGUGCAAUCAAGUGACAAUAAAGUGUUUUUAUUGCAUGUUGUGUUCAUGCGGAAAAAACAAAUGCAAUCUAUGUUCCCGUCAGUCCUUAUACUCACUCCUUUCUCACACCAUUUAAUCCUCCCCAUGAUACUUCUCCACUACCAGUAUGAUUGAUCAGUGAACACACAAUAACAAACACAGCGUAGUUUCUAAUUGUAUUAAUCGUAUGUCUGGGAUACACAUGGUAUACACCGUCCAAUGAAAUGCUUAAUUGCAGGUUCCUUCUCGACAAUGCGUAACAUACAUCCCUAAGUUAAGUCGGGAUGAUGAAGCAUGAGUGGUGGUGACAAAAGGGAGGUGGCUUCCUGCCAUGCUGACUCAGCUGCCUGGCUCACUGUGGCUCUCAUCAAUUAAACGUAUAGAGCAGCUUCACAUCCCUAGUACAAGGUGGCACCACAAAUGUAUUGAAACAGGAAUGUCUCUGGAGAGAGAGAAUAUGCCGGUUGUCAAAGCAAAUUGGCAGCCAGCCUAUGAGAUUCACCAGUUUGCGCUAAUGCAGAUUGACGUUGAAUAAUGGUGUUAUUAGUGUUGAUAAAAGAGGCUGCAGCUCUGGUACCUGUUUAACUCAAUGUCCUCUGUUCUCUGCAGGUCUGGCAGCCACUCUGCUGGCAGGGGAUGGCCGGUCAGGCAGCUCUCCUGCUCUGCCUCGGAAACAGAGGGACAAAUCCCCCAGCAGCCUCUUGGAGGACUCCCAGGAGACCACGUUCACACGGGACCGCAAGGCUGGCUUCUUCAGCUCCUUCAUGAAGAAGAAGUCUCCCUCAUCCCAGCUGCAGCAGAGCCUGCCCAUGCCGCCCAAGAGGAGCAGCUCGUUCAGAGAGAUGGAGACCCAGCCUCACAAGAAGUAUGAGCCCACGGCUGGCUUCAGUGUCCCUCCCCUUCCCCAGGCUGACGGCCUGGGCUUCUCACCGUCCCAUGGAGAGGGGAACCACGUCCAGUCACGCUGCUGUGGGGCCACUUUUGGACAAAAGUCCUCUGCCAACCACAUAUCUGGGGCCCCGCCCUCGCAGGUGGGCAGUAGCAGCAGCUGGGCAGGCCUGGCAGGUUUCUUCACCCCCCGCCUCAUCAAAAAGACCUUAGGGCUACGGACUGGCAAGUCCACUGGGACCGAAGAGGGGGGUGGGGGGACCAAGCCAUUCCCCAGGUCCAACUCUACCUCCUCCAUGACUGCAGGGCUGCCUGACCUGGAGAGGAUGGCUCUGACUUUACCCAGAAACCGCAAUAAACCUCCUCUAGAGCGCACUGCCUCCACCACCUCGCAGCCUGAGAACGGGGCAGCACAGACCUCUGAGACCCUGCUCCGUAAGAUGGAUGAGGGCACAGCUCAGAUCAGGGACCGGCCUAAAGCCAAGCUGCUUCCCCGAGGGGUGGGGGGGAGCUCUGGGGGGGUGAGGGCACCUGGGGUUGGGAGUGAGGCCGAUUUGGAUUGUCACUCGGGGGCUCUACGGUGUAGGGAGGGUCAGGAGGCAGGAGGACAGGACCGACAGGGAUGGACGUCCCCCUCCAAAACAGUGGGAUCAGGCCCGUCGGCGGCACCACACAACCACAAGGUUCCAGUGCUGAUCUCGCCCACACUCAAGCAUAGCCCGGCCGAUGUGCACCUGGUAGGGAUGGACUCUCAGGGGAACCGCUUCAAACUGCUAUCGGAGCACCAGGCAGACCGGGACCGACCACGACUGGUCAAGCCCAAAUGUGCUCCCCCUCCCCCUCCAACCCUGCGCCUCAUUGGGCACUCCUACAGCGGGGAUGGAGAGGAGCAGGUCGUAGGGGCUGUGGAGGUCAACGGUGAUGGGGUGAAAAGACCGGGACGAGCAAGGGAAGUGGGAACAGGGAGACCAUCAGUGCCACCACCACAAGUGCCUCCACCACCUUCAGCCUCCUCCUUUUCCUCUGCCAACAACACUAACACUACCCCCACUAAGAUGGCCAACGGUGCCACCAUCACUGCUUCUUCCACAGCCCCCUCUGGUGGCUCUAAGCCUCUGCGUCGGACUCGACAGCAGGCUGAGCGGGUUCAACCAGAGAAGAUCAGUAAGGAGGCUCUGCUGGAGUGUGCCGAGUGCCUGAGAGGUGCCCUCCACAGCAGCCCCGAGCCCUCCUCCAGCAGCCAGGUCCUAGAUGCUGGCCACCAGCUGCUAGACUACUGCUUUGGCUACGUGGACUGCAUCCCACAGAUGCGGAACAAGUUUGCCUUCCGGGAGGCCGUGGGCAAAUUAGAGCUGAGUCUGCAGGAGCUGCGGGCAUCGUCCUCCUCUGGAAUCGGAGGGGCAUUCAGUGGCCCAGGACCUAGCCCUGCUCUGGACAACUUGCACAUCUGCAUCAAGGAAAUCAGUGAUGUGGUUCAGAGGUAGCCAUCGGACCCUGUCAAAACAUUUUUCUUUGUAUUCCCUUUUUUAUGUUUCUGGUUGUAUUAA